CGUCUAAUCUGACCGUUUCGUACGCAAUCGUCUGUCAAUUUAUUAGUAGCAUUCAUCCAGUUGGCAAUCCGGACAGUGAGAUAUAUACGCCGUGGUCAAAUGGGAAUCAGUCGAUAUUUGGGGUGAUGCAGAUUCACAGCCCACAGCUGAUUGGUUAUUGUUUGUGUCAGUCAAUCGUAGGGGCAGAUAAAGUUGGCUAUUUUAACAGGAUACAUCAAGGUUUUGCUACCUUCCCUGCCUCAUAAACAACUCCACCCUGUCACAGUGUCAUUUAGGCAUGUCCUGAUAUCAGCUGGCUAUUCUCUCUUCCCCUUCCAGUUCAAGUUUCUAGUCGGGCAGGUACUGCCAAAAGCGAUCUAAGGACUGGAGCUAUGGGCAAUUUGUUCUGCUGUGUUCAAGUUGAUCAGUCUACAGUGGCCAUUAGAGAAACGUUCGGGAAGUUUGAUAGUGUGCUUGAGCCAGGAUGUCACUGCUUACCUUGGUUCAUUGGGAAGCGUAUAGCUGGUCAUCUCACACUCAGGUUGCAGCAACUGGAUGUGCGCUGUGAAACUAAGACAAAGGACAAUGUGUUUGUCAAUGUUGUCGCAUCUAUCCAGUACAGAGCUUUGGCUGGCAAAGCAAACGACGCGUUCUACAAGCUGAGCAACACUAGAUCCCAGAUCCAGGCUUAUGUCUUUGAUGUGAUCAGGGCAAGCGUUCCAAAGCUGAACCUGGACGACGCUUUUGAGCAGAAGAACGAUAUAGCAAAGGCUGUGGAGGAUGAGCUGGAGAAGGCUAUGUCCGCUUACGGGUUCGAGAUCGUGCAGACACUGAUUGUUGACAUCGAGCCAGACGAGCACGUGAAGCGAGCGAUGAAUGAGAUCAAUGCAGCUGCAAGGCUGCGGGUGGCUGCAAACGAGAAGGCGGAGGCAGAGAAGAUAGUGCAGAUAAAGAGAGCGGAAGGAGAAGCGGAGGCGAAGUACCUGUCGGGGCUGGGCAUCGCGAGGCAGCGUCAGGCAAUCGUGGAUGGCCUGAGGGACAGCGUGCUGGGGUUCUCGGUGAACGUGCCAGGCACCACGGCCAAGGACGUCAUGGACAUGGUGCUCAUCACCCAGUACUUCGACACCAUGAAGGAGAUCGGCGCCUCCUCCAAGGCCUCCUCCGUCUUCAUCCCCCACGGCCCCGGCGCCGUCCGCGACAUCGCCACGCAGAUCCGCGACGGCCUUCUUCAGGGACAUGCUGCUGCUGCUAUCUAGUUAGCAUUGCCAUUGCCAUCUCAUCUCAUUUUCAUUUCAGAUUCUGAGUGUAUAUGUAUGUAUUACUUUCUGCUGCUGCUAUCUCUCUCUCCGGUCCGGUGUGGUUAAUUAAUCUGAUUUCCGCUUCCUUCUGUUGGUGCUAUCUGUACAUGUGUAUGCAACUACAUUUUUAUUUAUUUUGUACUUUGCUUGUGAAAUGUAUGUAUGUAUGUAUGCAGUAAAGCCUUUAUACCAUUGUGAGAUUUCAGCAUCAACAUGUAAAUGUAAAUGAUCUCCAUCCAUGGUGAUAUGUUGCA